AUGCUCGCAGCGUCUGUAGCACUGGUUGCUCUGCAUACGGUGGUUAAAAGCGCAGCAGCCGAAAAGUGGUCCGUCAGAGACAUGUUUAGCAACGCCGUUGAAAGAGUCACCAGUUAUGCCAUUGUAGCCAAGACAAUCGAGUACGUAAACGAGGAGGAUUUUGACCCGGCGGGAGAGAUGAUGCAGACGGUGGAACUUGUUCCGGGACAGUCGCUGAAGUACAGCUGCGGGAAACACGGGACAGCAGCAAAAGGUACAUUCACGUUGGUGCCCUCCGACCCCAGCACACACGUUCUAGCGCCCAAAGGAGAUGACCCAGUUGAAGUUGCGAUGAACAGGCUGCAGCCUAACCACAACGUUUACCGAUCCGACCGUUCGUUGGUAGUGAAAACGUUCCAGAAAAUUGGCUUGGACCACCUGCUGAUCGACUACGCCGACAACACCGUCAUAAUGGCAAAGGACAACGAACGGUUCAGCAUGAAUCUCCUCUGUAUAUUCGUACCGGCCGACGUAGAUGGGGUACCCAAGUAUCGGUGGCUUCAAAUCAAGUUCAAAGAUGUGCUCCCCAUGGCGUAUGGGUGCGGCAGUGGUGGGUUCAACUUGUUCAAAAAUGCGAUACCCCUGCCUGUCAACCCAUCUGCCGAGAAUAUUACGGAGGCUUCUAGAUGCAGGAUAGAGGCUGAACCUGGCAUGAUUGUUGGCAUAUACUGUGCGCCAGACGACCACAUUUAUCCCAGCGACUGCUUUCGUAAAGUCACGCUAAAUGACGGCAGGACAGAAAUACCCAACUAUUUCAGCGAUCCCGACUUUAAAUACCAAAACCUAAAGGGCAACAUCCGACUCAUGAAGAUCAAACCAGGAGCUAUUGGAGGACACCCCACUUUUACAUGCUUCUGUAAAAACGCGAAAAAUCAAACGACUGGGGUAGUCACAGUAUCGCUGAGUAAAAGGGAGACGUGCGACUUCACAAAGUUGCUCGAAUUCUACGGCGCGAGGCGCAUUAUGCCCCGUUUUCUGUGCUACAAGAGGAUUGGUCGAGGCAAAUCAGUGAGCCUCGUUGUCGCCAAGUCCGACGGAACUAUUGACCGAAACCGCUUGGUAGGCGGACUCACUAUUUUCCCCAAGGAUGUCACCAACAGUACAUACCUAACGAUGAAAUCUGUCGAGCGUAUGAAGAAGAUCCGCAUCGACCAGCUAAUUGGCAGUGUAGGAGUGCGUAUCACGCAGAGUGAGAACAGGGACAACUACAUCUACAACUUCGAUGCGACCGAUGACGCUAUUAUUGUGCUCAAACAGCCCGUAGCGAAUCUCACAUAUAUCUACGAGUACUAUGACAGGUUCCACAAUACUCCCAAAACCUACACAACCCUCGUAUCGUUGCAAAUCGUUCCCACGGACCCUUACACUCACGGUUGCGGCGUCGGUUAUCCCGGACUAUUUAAUAGCGAGGGAGUCAUCCAUGACAACAAGUACAUCAAAGUGGGCAGAAGCUACCAAACCCAAGUGAACUGCACGGUCAACGGCUGGUCAACAUCUCCGGUUGGUUUUUACUGUCCAAAAGAUCAUAUACUCGAACCCGCGGACUGCUUCACCACUGGCUUUCUGAUGUCUAGCGAUCGUACAGCUAAAAUGGCUGAUUACGCGCCACUGGCUCGCGUGAUUAACGCUCCCAACCUACGCGUCAUCGACUUUUCCGUGCCUAACGCCGCAAAAUCGAAGAUCACAUAUUCUGAUGAAGCCUUACAAUGCAGGUGCAAGAGGAAGGACGGAACUGUAGUGGCAACAAUCACCGUUACUCUGAAAAAUCCGCAGCAGCACUAG